AUAUUUUUCGUCGUCAGGUCUGCUAAGCUGAAGGCCCUACUGACGUCACACACAUCACAGACAUAACCCUUCUCAGCUGAUCUCAAACGUCAAGACGGAAAGUGUUUAAAACAUCCGUGCUUAGUGUACUGCAUCACUGGUAUUUUUUCAAGCCGUGAUUUACUGCACCGCCGCCUGCGUUGUAACUUGCCAUUCCAAAAUGUUGGACUUUCUGUCAGUUGUUGGGACGUGGAUAUUUUCUGUCUCUGCUCUUGUGGUCUUGGGUCAGUUUAUUUAUGAGUGGCUGCAGAGACCUCAUUCUAUCUCUGGGAAACAUAUUGUGGUGACGGGAGGUUCCAGUGGGAUUGGAAAGAGUGUUGCCAUUUCUGCUGCCAAGAGGGGCGCUCAUGUUACAAUCAUUGCACGUAACACUAAACGCCUAGAAGAAACAACUCAAGAAAUAACUAAAGCAGUGGUUGACAGUUCCCAGAAAGUGCAAUAUCUAUCUCUUGAUCUCUCUAGUGAUUAUGCUGCUGUUGAAAAGGCAUUGUGGACACUUGAAGAAGAAACUGCACCAAUUUAUAUGCUCGUCAACUGUGCUGGAGGUGCUGUUUGUGGGAAGCUAGAAGACACAUCAGCAAAUGACAUUCAGAAUCAGCUGUCCAUGAAUUUUGUCGGAACCGUUUUCCCCACCAAAGCAUUAAUUGCAAGGAUGAAAAGUCGUGGAGAGGGCGUUGUGGUAGUUACGGGCUCUGUGGCUUCUCUUUUUGGUAUAUAUGGAUUUUCCAUCUACAGUAGCACAAAGUUUGCUCUUCGUGGAUUUGCAGAGGCUUUGCAUAUGGAGACUAAGCCUUAUGGAGUUUCUGUGACACUUGCAUUUCCCCCGGACACAGAUACUCCUGGCUUUGCCAAUGAGCAAAAAACCAAACCAAUGGAAACCCGCCUUAUCUCAGAAUCUGGUGGACUUGUUCAGCCGGAAGUUGUUGCAGAAAAAAUCUUGUCAGAUGCUUUGCGAGGGCGAUUCUUUAGUUCUGUUGGUCUGGAAGGUGGAAUUGUCUGUGCUGUGGCUGCAGGAAUGUCUCCUCCUUCAUCAUAUGCUUCACUAGCUGUUGAGGUACUCUUAAUGGGCCCUCUUCGUCUUGUGGCGGCUUGCCUUCUUGUGCAUUUCAACCGCAUUGUUGAAAAGUGUAAACAUGAUAGAAACAAGAACAAGAAACUUGAAUAGAUACUAGUAUUGCUUGCACCUUUGGUUCAGACUUUGCUUGGUGUUUUGUUAAAUUUUGAGUAAGACUUGUAUGGAGCAUUCCUUAUGGCACUGAAUAUACUUAAAUAUAACUUAUUCUCAAGAAAGUAUAUCCCACCUACAACCUUGUUUUCUUUGUUGUGAUAGACUUUGUUGUUCUUCCAUUGCACUGUUUAUUGUUAGUGAAUGUGAUUACCAUGUAUUAUUUCACUUUAAAAGACUGCUAAUUUUUAACUUGUCGCACAAAAUAAAUGUUUUAACUUUU